GAGAGAGAGAGAGAGAGAGAGAGAGAGAGUGUAUGCUUAGGUUUGGGGUAGGAAAAUCACAAUUUGGUGUUAUUGUUAGGAAUAGGGUUCUGAAUUAAAGGUUAGAUGCGUGUGUGUGUCUCUCUGAAUGUGUGAGUUUUUAUCAUUUGUUUAUGCGUGUGAGGGUGUAUGUGAAACAGAUUAAGAAACGGUUGCAAGUCACAGCAACUACAUUCAACAGGAAAUGAUGACUUCCUGUUGCUAAGCAAUAAUUUGGCCAGGCUCUACACUACCUUCUUGCAUUUUUGUCUCACUUCUUCCCAUUCACUAGGCACAGUCGACAACACAGCCUCAUCAGAAGGCUCAUCAUCCAUCACAACCAUGAUGCCAAACCAAGAUGGGUUCUCAAAAAAAGGAGAAAACCUACUACAACCUCCCGAUCAGAUAAGUGGCUCAACCAGGGUCCGACAGAGACAGAUCUCCCCUGGCCGUAAACUUGGGAUGACCAGAAAACAGAAGGACAGGAGGGACUUUAAAGAUGAUGAGAACCCAGAGGAGAAAGAAAAAAAGCACAAGGAGCUAGAGCUGAAGCCCCUGUAUAAAGAACUGUUGUACACCAUCACCCACAAACUGGGGAAGCCUUCUUCACCGGAGGUCUUCACUGACAACCAUCUCCGUCAAUACAUCAGAGAGGCUUUCUGCAUGACAGAGGAUGAACACGAGAGUCUCACAGAGAAGGUUCAAAGCACAGAACCUCCAGUCUACUGUUUAAUGGCCACUGUGAAGGAAGCCAAGGGCAUCCUGGGAAAAGAUGUCAGUGGUUUCAGUGACCCAUACUGCCUGUUGACCAUCCUAGAGGAUGAAAAGGAGUGCAAGACACAUCGAGGCAAACCUAAACCCUGUAAAGCCAUGGUAAAAGAUGCUGUCUCCGACGAGGAGAUCUACACAACAGAUACCAAGAAACAGACCCUAAACCCCAUAUGGAACCAGACUUUUGUAAUGAAGUUUGAAGACACCACAAGGGCCAGCUUCCACCUUGAGAUGUGGGAUAGAGAUGAGGAGGUGUCUCUGGCACAGAAGCUAGAGGAGAUCAGAACCAACUUCCACGGACUGAGAAGGAUGAUCAAGGAUGCUAAGAAAGAGAAAGGCCAGGAUGAUUUCUUGGGGAGCAUUGUGCUAAAACUAAAGGAUCUACAUUGUACGGAUGAUAAUUGGUAUAUUCUGGAGCCAAGGACCGAGACCUAUCCAGAUCGAGGUCAAUGUCAUCUGCAGCUCAAAUUCAUCCAUAAAGAGAGAGACGGGACCUUGAGUGCUGGACGCAGUCCUUAUGUCAACUACUGUGGGAUCCUACAGCAGUUUGUCCAGUCUCACAUCUCCAAGCAGCAGGGUAGCGGACCAUGGAAGGGGGAGUUGUGUGGGGAGGGACAGUCCCUGUUGGAACUCUAUGCCACUCAGAAUGACCUCUCCCCUUUCCUGCAGGACCUUGCGAAGUGGGUGGCCUACAGUAAACUGUACCAGAGUUUAGAGGUCCACUCCUCAGUACUGCUCCAGCAGCUGACCAGUAUAGAGUACCACUGGCACCAACAGGAGCUGCCCUACCAGCAGAAACAGGAGCUGGGCGACUCUCUCCAUGGUUUCCUGCAGUAUGGACUGUGUCUUGUGGCCAAAUACAGAGACAUCUUUCCCCCAACGCAGGAUGCCACCAGUCGCCUACACACACUGCUCAGGAUCCUCUGUCAGAUCUGCAAGACUCAGGCGUUCCAGAAACUGAACCCAGCUCAGUUUGACCUACAUGAAGAAGUCAAUGAGGCCGUAGACGCUGGUACACAGGAGUGGUUCACCAUCAAGAAGGGGCUGCAUCAGCCCAUGACCAAGGACCUGACAGAGACUGUGAGCGCCCUCUCCAGGCUCAUAGGAGAAGUGCAGGAGGACAUCAAGCACAACAAGGACAGCUGGAACAGAGUGUUUGUGAGUGCUGUACAGGUGGAUGUGUUCACCAUAGUAUACCAAAAGCUGGACUCCCUGCUGGCAGAGGAGGUGAGGCACACUCUGAGUCUACUGGAAGGUGAGAUGGAGCAGAGUCUAGCCAAUAGCCUGUUCCCUCUCUACCUGAGCCUGCAGGCCAUCCACAAAGACAAGGCCUUCCUACAGAAAAGAGGGAAGCUGCUAGAGCUGACUUGCUUCCAUGAGGACUUCCGUGAGGCACUUCCAUACUGGUUGAACAAGGCCUUCAGCACCACUCAGGACAGGGUGGAGAGAGCUGUACAGGUGGACCAGCUCCAGCCGCUGCAGUCCGGGGCGGUGCCCAUCAAACACAGCUCCUCAGCCGUAGACCUGGUGGCCUGCGUCCAGCCCAUCUGCCAGCUGUGGGAGCAGCUCUCCUGGCCAGACCCUGAGGAGGCCUUCAUGCUCAUGGUCAAGCUCACUGAGGAUGUGUGUAAGAUCGUGGUGAACUACUGUCGUAUCCUGAAGGAGAGGGUCAGAGAGCUGUCGGAGAACUCGGACCACGGCAGCGCUGUCAACAUGCUGUGUGUAGUAGUAAAUGACCUGGAACACCUGAGGUCGGUGCUGACCCGCCUGCCCCAGCAGCUGAACUGGGCGGGACUGCGGGAACGCACCCGUCACGUCAUAGGCGACUCCCAGUUCCAGAACGUUCUGCCCUCGCAGCUGCAGCAUGCACAGAGCGUGCUCAACAGGGAGAUACGCUCCGCCUUGGAGACCGUUGGGCAGAAGCUGAAUUCAGACAUUGAGACCUAUGUCCGCAGCAUGUCCACUCGACGCAGAUUACCCUCCAAGUCCACGGAAGAUGCCGUGGUUCCUCUGAUGAAAUAUCUGGAGAGAGAGCUGCAGUACAUGAACGAGAACCUGGUCCAGGAAAACUUCAACAGUCUGUUGACUCCCUUGUGGAUUAACUCCCUGCGGACCUUAUACCAGGUGGCCACACAGCCAAGGCAGGAUGAGGGACUCAUGGUGUUCUGUCAACGACUGAAGUACACACUCCAGUGUCUGGAGCAGUGUUUCCAUGCUGACGGGAAUGGACUGCCACCUGAAACCCUGCACACAGAUGACUACAGGAUUCUGAAAGCUCAUCUUACACACAAUUCCCUCAACUCCCAGCAGCUUAUAGAAAAAUUCCUGGAGAGAAAAGUAUGGGAGCAGAAAGUUUACAGUGGAGAGAAGUAUGGUGCGGUCACAAUCAUAGCAUCCUAUAGGAGGUCUGAUCAUAGACUCAGAGUGGAAGUGUUGAAUGCCGCUAACCUGAUACCCAUGGACUCCAACGGUUUCAGUGAUCCAUUUGUUCAGUUGUGCCUGGAGCCUCACCAUGUGUUCCCUGAAGUGGAGCUUCGCAGCACGCAGAUCAAGAACUGUGACCUCAACCCCCUGUUUGAUGAGGCCUUUGAGUUUCUGGUGUCAGUAGAACAGUGCCAAGCUGCAGGGGCAUGUCUGGUGGUGAGCGUGUUUGACUAUGACAAACUGAGGACAGAUGACUUUGAGGGAGAGGCGUUCCUAGCUCUGAAGGCCGUGCCGGGGGUCGGAGGGGGGUCAGAGGACAAACAGGAGUCCCGGCCCGACCCCUCCCCUGCCCAGAUCCGUCUGCCUCUAAUGCACCCCAAACCAAAUGAUGACAGUAUUCUGAAGCUGUUGGAGUCUAGAAAAGGAGAGCGGGAGGCCCAGGUGUUUGUGAAGAAACGAAGACAGAGAGAGAAACAGUCACAGGAGGGAAAACAACCAUGACACACGCACAGAGCUUCAUUAUCCAAAAAUAUACCUUUGUAUUUAUU